AUGCGCUAUAAUACCCCAGCGCGUCGCGUCCUCGCCGAGUUCUAUCCCCCUAAAAGGACCAUCUCACAGAGUCCAGCCUCCAUCACUGAGGUCACGCAUCCCCCUGAAGGAAGCAUCUCAGACAGCCCAGUCUCCAUUACUGAGGCCACGCACAUAUCAGGCAGUCCAGUCUCUGUCACUGAGGUGACGCAUCCCCCUAAAGGAAGCACCUCAGGCAGUCCAGUCUCCAUCACUGAGGUUACGCAUAUCUCCUCUUACAAUUGGAUCGAUGCCUCCUUUCCCACGAUCGCUGUGCCCGGUAGCCCUGCCCUCUGGACUCCUCCAAAGGAACCCACGCUCAAGGUGAGGAAAGACGUUGGUCGCUAUUUCAUUUCGCAAAAUACCGCCCGCUAUCCAAAAAGUCCGCUUGAGCCUCUUUUCCGCGCCUUGUAUCUCGAGCACCCCACCUUUGACAUUCGUUCUAUUGACCUCGUAUCCGACCGGGGAACCCUCCGUCGGCUUCUGGCGUUCAUCAACCCCAGCCUUGAGAUUGGCAAGCAAAAGAAAUCUUUCCGGAUACUUGUCGAGGUUAAGAAGAACACUGCUUUGUUCCAGUACCACGAUGAGAGGAUAAUCCAGCACGUCAGGCCAGAUGACUUUCAGGGUUACGGACGUGAGUUUGAGAAAGCCUUUACCACUGAGCUAGUGCAGAGGAGCACGGGUCAUCAUGGAAUCGUUUCGUACCGGCUCGGCGGCCUAAAGCUCAUGGUGCGUCAUGAGCUGGACGGAUAUACGUCGUCGUCCCACGAGCCCACGCAUCUGUUCCCAGUUGAUGUCCCGGACAGGGUCGAAAACACGUCGGCUUUGACAGUCCGAAAAGCCGGUCACACCGUACCUAGGGAAUCAACCCUUGAGAUCAAGACGUGUAGAGCCAAACAAAGGGGAACCUAUCGUAUUAGUAAGAUACUUCCACAGCUGUGGUUUUCUCAGACCCCGAAACUUGUGCGGGCAUCCUAUAGAACAGAGGGCCUAUUCACAGUGCCUGAAGUUGAGGAUGUCACUGCUCGUAUGAAAGAAUGGGAGGAGCGUCACAACGCUGAUCUUCAUCGUUUUGUUAUGUUGCUCAAGGAUAUCAUCGCAGCUGUCAAAGAGAAUGGUAAUAAAGCUACUGUCCAUUAUGAUUAUAAGCGCAAGUCAUAA